GGGCACAAAACUACUAGUACUACAACUUGGCCUUGACAGAAAUUGAAAACGGAGAAUAUAAAGCAAGUCCCGAUAUAAUGUGACCCUUUCGUACUCCCCUCUCCGCCAACACAUCUUCCCGCGAGAUAGACCCAUUCAGUAAGGUGCCGAUGUCUGUCGAAGCAGGUGUGUUAGUGAGCGCUCUCAUUACGAGUUGAGCACUUCUAUUACAAAACUUGAGGUACGUGUUGUUUUAUAUUUUUUGUUUUAUAAAGGCACAUUAAGAUUAAAUGCUGUAUAUUUCUAAAACUUCCGAAAAUUUAUGGGUUUAUUUAAAAAGAGUUCUUUAUAUUACUAAAACUAUUGUAUGAUUUUUGGAACUAUAUCUAAAGGAUUCUUGUUAUUACAAAAAUAUCUGUUUGAUUUACAAUAUCAUUGAAAGUUAAAUCCUUGUAAUACUAAAAUAAUUCAACGAGUUUCUUAGUUGUGUCCAUAAACUACAAAGUUUUUUGGUACUAAGGCCUUAAUUAUUGUUAUUAUUUUAUGUACUAACAAGUAUUAAAUAAGAGGGUAACCAUAUCUUAACCUCUUACAGAUACAUUGCAAAAAAAUUGAAGAAAUAUGUCAUCACGAUCGCGAAGAAUUAUGAACCUUCUUAAUGUUUCACAUCUACCUGAUGAAUGGGAAAACAGUUGCGAUAAGGACCCAAACGUCAGCAAUGAAGAAAAAGAGAACAUCCCUUUAAGUUCAACAUCAAAACGUUCGUCGAGAUCGUCAUCUAGUAGUUCCAGUUCGUCUUCUAGCGUCAACAGUAGCAGUUCGUCAUCUUCUAGCAGCAGCUCUUCCUCUCGAUAUUGUUCACUGGAACAAGGACGAUUUGUUUCCCAUAUCUUAAAAGGUAAAGAAAUUGAAGCCCAGCCUCAGUCUUUAUCAUCUAGAACUACUUCACCUUCAAUACUAGAAUCCACAGAUAUCGUAAUUUUAACACCACGAACUCCAGCUGUACAUUACCGUAUAUCGCCAAUGAAUUCAGAAGAGAGUGAUGCUGAUAUUAGUGACAAUGAUCCCACUUAUAAUGAACAUCAAGGUAGAAAACGUUCGCCAAGCUCAUCUUCAAGUUCCUCUGAUGAUGGUACUUCUGAAGUAGUCGCAACAUCGCCCAGGAGAUCGAAGAAACGUAAAGCUGAUCCUACUAAAUGGAAGCAAAAUAACCAAAAGAUAAAACGAAAUGCAGGAGAACAAUACAUUUCUACUAAGACUAGAAACGUUGUUCCUGCGCGCCAAAUGAAGAGUCCAUGCAAUCAGAAAUGCAGAUUGAAAUGCAGCGAAAACUUUGAUGAGGCUAAAAGACUUCAACAUUUCAAAUGUUUUUGGGCACUAGGAGAUUUGCAAUUACAGCGUAUGUUUAUAAAAGCAAGAAUGGCUUUAGUUGAACCUAAAUAUAAGUAUUUAAACGCUCAACAUCCCAGAGCACCAAAUGCUGCUUUCUACUUGUACGAUGAUAACGCCAAAAUCAGAGUCUGCAAAACAUUUUUUAUCAAUACGUUGGGAAUAACAAGUAAAAUGAUUCGCACAGUAAGAUAUAAGACUAACAAUUGCAAUUCUGUUGAAGAAGAUAGAAGAGGCAAACAUAAUAGUCAUAGACGCGUGGAUGACAAUCUGAAAGAAGAUAUCAUUAGAUUUAUCAAUCUAAUACCACGAAUUGAAUCGCAUUAUUUAAGAGCGUCGACCUCAAGAGAGUUCAUAAGUGGAUCGAAAAGUAUUACUGACUUGUUUAGAGACUUUCAAGAAAAACAGAAGAAUAAUUCCCGAGAUUCUGGAAAGUUUCAUUUGUUUUAUGAGAUUUUUACUACCCAUUUUAAUUUGGGUUUUUUUCAACCCAAGAAAGAUCAAUGCGAUCUUUGUUUACAGUAUAACAACUCUUCUGCUGAUCAGAGGCUUGCUCUCAAAGUCAAAUAUGAUACUCACCUAGAAGAAAAGGAAUUAAGCCGAGCAGAAAAAAAGAAUGAUAGAAUGACUCUUGACAAAUAUAAUUUAUGCGUUUGCUACGAUGUUCAAGCGAUAAUGCAAAGUCCCAAUGGAGAAACAUCAUCGUUUUAUUAUAAAUCCAAAUUGAAUAGCUACAACUUUACUUUGACUGUGUUAAAUAAAUUACCAGAGAAUGAAGACGAUUUUAAAGGCUAUGGUGACGUGCAUUGCUAUUUCUGGGAUGAGACCCAAGGAAAAAGAGGUGCAGUGGAGAUUGGAAGUUGCGUUUUAGACUUUUUAAAGAAGGUUUGUGAGGAUGCAGGUGAACAUGAAGUUAACGUAACAUUUGUAACAGAUAAUUGUUGUGGCCAAAACAAAAAUAAAUACAUAGCUUCUUUAUACAUGUUUGCAGUCACUACUAUAAAAAACUUAAAGGGCAUAACUCACAAAUUCCUUAUAAAAGGUCAUACGCAAAAUGAAGCCGACAAUGUACACAUGCUGAUACAGAAACAAAUAUCAAGAGAUUUAAAAGCUGGUCCAAUCUUAACACCACUUCAAUACACCACCGCAAUUCAGAGAGCUAGGAAAACGGGGAAACCUUUUAUCGUUCAUACUUUGAAUCAUGAUUUCUUUUACGACUUGAAAGAUUUACAAGUCAAGUGGGGAUAUCAUUUCAACGUUGACGAAGAGAAGAAUACCAUCGUAUGGAAUCACAUCAAAGUUAUGAAAUUUACGAAAGGGAACCCAUUCUUUUUUCAAUAUAAGACAUCAUACAAAGACGCGUUUAAACAAAUAAAUGUUAGAAACAAAAGAAAGAAAAUGUUGGAUAAUAAAGAAAUAUCUAUCAAAACAGUUUAUAGUGCGCCAUUUGAGUUAAGUUUAAAUAAGAAACAGGAUCUCAAAGAAUUAAUUUCUAAGAGACUUAUUGACCCUUAUCAUGCCUGUUACUAUAAUAAUAUGUUAAUGUAACUGUUUUCUAAUUGUAAUUUUUAAUACUUUGUUUUAUUUUUGAAAUGAUUUAUG